AUGGUGAAAGAAACUAAAUACUAUGAGACCCUGGGGGUUUCCCCAACAGCCACAGAAGCAGAGCUUAAAUCAGCCUACAAGAAGGGCGCUCUGAAGCACCACCCAGAUAAAAACGCGCAUAACCCGGACGCCGCGGAAAAAUUCAAGGAUCUCUCCCACGCCUACGAAGUUCUCUCGGAUCCCCAAAAACGUUCCCUCUACGAUCAAUAUGGUGAAGAAGGUCUCGAACAGGGCGGUGCCGGCGGUGGCAUGAAUGCUGAAGACCUCUUCGCCCAAUUCUUCGGAGGUGGUGGUGGCGCCUUCGGCGGUAUGUUUGGCGGCGGAAUGCGCGAGACCGGCCCCAAAAAGGCACGUACGAUCCACCAUGUGCACAAGGUCAGCCUCGAAGACAUCUACCGCGGCAAAGUAAGCAAACUCGCUCUCCAGAAAUCCGCCAUUUGCCCUCAGUGCGACGGACGAGGCGGCAAGGAGGGAGCGGUCAAGACUUGCGCACCCUGCAAUGGCUCCGGUAUGCGCACUAUGAUGCGCCAGAUGGGCCCUAUGAUCCAACGCUUCCAGACCGUCUGCCAGGACUGUGGUGGUGAAGGUGAAACUAUCCGCGACCGCGACCGCUGCAAGCGCUGUCUCGGUAAGAAGACCGUCCUCGAAAGAAAAGUCCUACACGUCCACGUCGACAGAGGCGUCAAGACAGGCCACAAGAUCGAUUUCCGCGGCGAAGGUGACCAGAUGCCCGACGUUUUGCCCGGAGACGUUCAGUUUGAGAUUGAGCAGAAACCACACGCCCGAUUCCAGCGCAAGGACGACGACCUGUUCUACCAGGCCAACAUCGACCUCCUGACUGCCCUAGCCGGUGGAACUAUUAACAUUGAGCAUCUUGAUGAGCGAUGGCUCAGCGUGACAAUCGCACCCGGCGAGCCAAUCACACCAGGUCAAAUCAAAGUAAUUCCCGGUCAAGGCAUGCCAUCCUUCCGUCACCACGAUUUCGGAAACCUUUAUAUCCAAUUCAACGUCCAAUUCCCCGAAAAGGACCAACUACAGAACCUCGAACUGCUUGAGAAGGUACUACCACCACGCCUGACCCAGGAUGUACCACCACCAGAUAGCAUGGUAGAGGACUUUGCCCUAGAGAACGUCGACAGUAAUGGCGGACAGGCCAGAGCCCAGGGAGCGGCGAGAGGAGAAGACGAUGAAGAAGAUGGUCUGCCGCCCGGUGCGGAGAGAAUGCAAUGUGCAUCCCAGUAA